AUCAGUCAAUGAAAAAUGACCAUUCCUGUCAAAUGGACGACCAUGGCUGCGACAGCGAUUGAUAUGAUGCUCAGCAAUGGAUUUCAGUCGAAGAAGAAGGAGGACCCAGAGAAUAAAGACAAUUUAUGGUCCUCCAUCUUGGCUGAAGUGCAAAACAGUAGCAGUAACAAGCUACCAUCAAAUAAGAACAUCCUCGUCUUAGAGUACACAGAGCCUGGGGACGAAUUAGAUCCUGGUAACCCUUUAAGACGUACCAGUCGUAAUCUGGACGACGAAACCAUGGACACUCUGCCGUUACUGGAAGGCAUCGUCACUACAAACUUAGGCCUAGACAUCGUCGUCGUUAUAACAAAGACCGAUUACAUGUCUACUCUCGAGAAGGAACACGAUUACAAAGACGAGCAUUUCGAUUUUAUACAACAGUGGAUCAGACGAUUCUGCUUCCAAUAUGGCGCCGCGCUGUUUUAUACGUCAGCGAAGGAGGAUAAGAACUGUGAUUUGCUUUACAAAUACUUAACGCAUAGGAUCUACUCGUUGCCCUUCAGAACGCCUGCGUUGGUCGUCGAGAAAGACGCAGUCCUCAUCCCUGCUGGUUGGGACAACAUGAAGAAGAUCAGCAUCCUUCACGAAAACUUGCAGUCGAUGAAGCCUGAUGAUUAUUACAGAGACGUGAUUGCGCAGCCAUCGACGAACCGAAAGUGCGUUGCAAGGGAAGUGGAGGUGCAAGCGGAAGAGGAACAGGCCUUCCUCGCGAAGCAACAAGCCGCAUUAUUGGGCAUCAAGGAUCCAACGCUGUUCCCGACGAGCAGGAAUCAGGCAAGCACAGGACCAGUGAUCCAGGUGGCGUCGCCGAAUAAGAAGUUGGACCCGAAGAACGCGGGAACGAUGCAAUCCGGUGAAGGCGUCCUAGCGAAUUUCUUCAAUUCCCUUCUUCAUAAGAAGACUGGCUCGCCCGGCAGCGUAGGCACCAGCCCCAUCAAAAUUGGUAACCAUUACAAAAAUUCAUUUCUAAUUUCAGUUCUAAUCCAGUUAGGAAUUAGUUUUUUAUUACUCGUGCUGUUUGCAUUGUGCAAUGUUGUCUGGUUUACAAUAGUUUCUGUUCGUGUGGAUUGCUUGUGCUUACUUUUUACUAUAGUUU